AUGGACGCCUUGAAACGCCACGAGAUUUAUCGAUGCAUUAGUGCUCCUGAAGUCAGCCGGGCGAGUCGCGUGGCUGACGCCUCUCGUCCGGCAAUUUCCAGAUUUAUCGGAGAAUUCGGAGGUAGAGAUCUUCAAGGCCAAUUAUUUGCCUUGUCCAAAAAGUGCAUUGACUCCAGCCCGAGUGAGCUCGAUUCGAGCGAUCGGAGAGCACACUUUUCUAAGAGUGACGUAACAUUAUGUCUUGAGAAGAUUGAGACAAUAACAAUCUUACAACCACUCAGCAAUACAAAUAAAGCAAAAAGCUUUCUAAACAACAGGGCCAACAGAUUUAUUUCUAACAUUAGAAAAAAUAUUGUACUAGACACAAAAGCUAAUUAACAUCAAGAAUUAACGUGAAACAAAACUAAACAGAUGUAGAGGAGAGGAAGAAAAAACGAAACGGAAUUCAACAACAUUCAGCACUUGAUAGGAAACGCAACUAGAUUAGCGUAUUUUCGAAAAACUUUACCUGAAUAAUUUCCGCAAAAUCGGCGAGAAUUUUAAAUAUCGAACUUUUCAUAUGUUCUACAUAAAUUACGGGAG